AUGGCAGAUAAUAAUAAUAAUAAUAAUAAUGUAUUUUCACCAUCUCCCUCCUUUAGCAGGUGUCUCAGUCAGCCUCAAGAAUCCUCUGAGGAUCUGAGUGCUCCCCCCACCAAGAGACCUAAGGGUAGACCUAAGGGCUCCAAAAACAAACCCAAACCACCAUCCAUAAUCAGGGUGGAGCCUGAAACCUAUAUGGAACCGAUUUUGAUCGAAAUUCCUGCUGGAGAAGAUGUCGUGGAGUCCAUAAUCAAGACCGCUUGGCGUCAUCAAGCCGAUAUCUCAGUCCUGAGAGGUUAUGGUCUUAUCUCUGGAGUCACCCUUCUCGACUCCGGGUCACAAGACUCUCCGUUCACUAUCCGCGGAGACUGCCAGAUGAUAUCUCUCUCCGGAACCUAUGUUUAUCCUAAUUCGGAUCGCGUUCCUUCUGAGUUCAUCGUCGAUCCUGAUUGUUCGUCGUUCUCCAUUCACUUGUCUGGGAAUCAUGGUCAAGUGUUUGGAGGAGUUGUUGGAGGAAAGGUUAUUGCUUCAAGUGUUGUCAUGAUUACUGCCACUCUUUUGAGGAAGCCUAAGUUUUACCGGGUGGCCUCCUUCGAUGGAAGUGUCCGCGAAGUUGAAAAGAAUGAUCGUGAUCGUGGUGCUAUUGUUCGCAAUGAUGUGGUUGCACCUGAACAUAGCAACCACAAUAAUGCUGCCAAUGUGUUCAAUUAUGGUGUUGGGAGUUCCAGUUCAGCCCAGCUCAACCGCCAGGUUUUCAAUGCUCCUCAUGCUUAUGUGAAUGCCAUGCAGUGGAACAAUCCCAGUACUCGUAGUAAUAAUCACUAG